CCUCAUGUUCAAACCUGUGGUGGGCUAUUCUAAAAGAGUUUGAUAUUGCAGACAUCUGCAGAGGUCAAGAUCCGUUCAUAUUUCUGACAAUCCCUGAGUUUUUUUUUCUUUGUUUUUGCAGGUGGUCUCGGUGUGAGAUGAUAAACUGAGGAAAGUCAGGCUAGUGCGGUGUUCAUAGAUACAGUGUGGGCUGACAGAGACACAGAGAGAGUCCGGGGCCAGUCACUAAAGAGUUACUCAGCAGAUUUCCGCCUCCGAACAGACUCGCUUCAACUUCAGCUCCACCCGCCUGUGAUCCCAGAGGAGAGAGGGACAGAGACAGAGAGGAGAGAGGGACAGAGACAGGGAGGAGACAGACAGACACAGAGAGGGAGGUAUACACAGUCAGACACAGAUACAGGAAGGGAGACAAAAGCAGGGAAGGAGACAGAUAGAUACGGCGGAUGUAAAUGUCGGGGAGCAGAAGUGAGACAGAAAUAGACAGAGAGAGGUAGAUAUAUUUAGAGAGAAAGACGGGGUGGGAGAUAGGGAGAAGAAAGACUGGAAUACAGAGAGAUAGAGAUAAUGAUGGUGAAAUACAGACUCAGACAUUGAGUGAGAGACAGAGCGAGGGAGGGAGACAGAUCCCUGAGAGGGAGUCACAGUCUCAUGCAAAUCCUGAGCAGCUAAAGUGCCAUCAGCUCCUCCCCAGCAUUUCACUCUCCCUCCUCCCUCUUUCCUCCUCCCUCCUCCCUCUUUCCUCCUCCUCUCCUUCCCCCUUUUCCUUUUCCCGUCCCUCCUUCCUUCCCUGUCUCUCCUUCCUUCCCCCCCGCCUCUUCUUGCACUUGCCUUUGCUGUGAGAGUAGUUCAGGGAGCUGACAGUGGCUGGAGCGGUAUGGAGAAGACGCUACCUUUCCUAUGUGGGAUUGUGGAAGGUUUCUAUGGCAGGCCAUGGUCCAUGGAGCAGAGGAUGGUGCUGUUCAAGUGGAUGCAGAGAUGGGGACUCAACGUCUACAUGUACGGCCCGAAGGACGACCUGAAGCACAGGCUGUUAUGGAGAGAGACGUACUCAGCAGAAGAGUCAGUGCAGCUGAAGGCCUUGGUCUUGGCCGCCCAGGAGUGUGGGGUUGAGUUUGUGUACGCGAUCUCCCCGGGACAGGACAUCACCUUCUCCAGCUCGUGUGACCUGAGCUUACUGAAGCAGAAACUGAGGCAGGUCAAAGGAUUUGGGUGCAUGGCCUUCGCCAUCCUGUUUGAUGACAUCGACCACGCCAUGUGCCCCACCGACAAAGAAACCUUCAGCUCAUUCGCUCAUGCUCAGACGUCAGUGGCCAAUGAAAUCUACCAGUACUUGGGGGAGCCUCCCAUCUUCUUGUUCUGCCCGACUGAAUACUGCAGCUCCCUGUGCUACCCCAGCCUCAGCAAGUCCUACUACCUGAAGGUCAUAGGGAACGAGCUUCAGCCUGGCAUCGGUAUCAUCUGGACAGGGUCCACUGUUAUCUCCAAAGAGAUCACUCCCGAAUCGGUGGAGGAGGUUCAAGUGGUCAUCAAGCGCCAGCCACUGAUAUGGGACAACCUUCAUGCCAAUGACUAUGCCCAGAGACGUGUCUUCCUCGGUCCCUACAAAGGCCGUGCCUCUAGCCUGGUCUCCAAGCUGCAUGGUAUGCUGCUCAAUCCUAACUGUGAGCUGGAGGCCAAUUACCUCCCCAUCCACACCCUGGCCACCUGGUAUAGGUGUGGCCUCAGAGCAACACGAUCGGAUGAUGGUGAGAAGGGCUCUGAGUCACGCCAGUACUGCCCCAACGAAGCCCUGAACUUGGCACUGGCUGACUGGGUAAAGGAAGUGAACAGACCUCUGUGCCCAAGUAGGCAGCUGCUUAAGGAGGCAAAAGAAGGACAGGUCAGGAGCAAACCUCAUGAUGUGGUUAGUCAGAAUGGGGACGUUGAACCGAAGACUGAGAAGCCAAGUACAAGCGAGAGUGACUUACUUCCCCAGAGCAGCUCAGCGAAAGAGUUGGAGGUGGACAAAGCCAAAGAGUCAUUGGGUGAGGAGACCCACAAGGCUCCGAAGAUCGAUGUUGGUCAACCAGUGGUAAAAAGUGAGAAGACUUCACCUUUUGGGCCAAGGGAUUCUUUGAACGAUAGCACUGACAAACUAAGAGAUCAGUCAACGGGAACUGGUGACAUUGACUAUCAGAAAUCUUCGGAUGGGCCCCUUCCUCACGCUGAGGUUCAGGGGGUGUCAGAGCAGGACAGGGUUGAGGGCAAGGGCCCUCUUUCUCCCCAGGGAAGGGCACCACUCCUCGCGGGCACCUUGACCCUGGCCAAUCUGCAGCUGAUGGUGGACCUCUUUUACCUGCCCUAUGAACAUGGAGAGGAGACAGCUGGCCUCCUCCGGGAGUUCCACUGGCUCAAGGCCAACAGUGACUUUGUUAGCGCAAACGCCAAGAUGGAGCUGAAGAAGGGGGAGGAGUGGAGAGCCCGGGCAUCUGCUUUCCAGCUGGCGUGUGAUAGGAUCGACCAACUCUUUCGACAAUUCAUGAGCAGCUCCAACAGGGCAAUAGUCUACGACCUUUACCCCUACCUCUGGGACAUCAGGAACACACUUGUGGUUGCCAAGGCCUUUGUGAUGUGGCUGGAUGGCAGAAUCGAGAGGGACACCUACUCAUUCAACUCCUGGAUGAACUGUUUCCAGUGGUGUCGUACUGGCAGCGCUCCUGUGGUCCUGGGUGCGGAAGGUGAGACCUGGAUCUACAGAGGAGGCAUUGCGGGAGAGUUCCAGAUGAUGCUGCCUGUAACCAGUAGCAAUGACCUCUUUAACCAGCCUCCUCCACUCUUCCCCACUCUCAAGGCUUACACCAUUCAGCCAUUCCUUCAGGAGAAUAAGAAAGCUUUGUACAACAUGUGCAGGGAGCUCCACAGUGUCAAGUUCCUGGAGAAGGAUCAAGCUAAUGUCUAUCCUGAUCUCAUUGGAGACAGGUUCCUGGGCCAUUUCCUGGCUUUGUCUCCCGACUAUUGCUUCAUCCUGGAGGGUGAGGACGGGGUGUCCGGCUGUGUGGCGGGAGCCCUGGAGGUCCGCUCCUUCUCGAAGGGGUGUGAGGCAGCUUGGUUUCCUGCCAUGCAGGAGAAAUACGCCAAACCUACGGCUCUCCACAACCUUACUCCGACACAGGAGCUGAUCAUGUUCUUCCACAGCAAGAAGCCCAGUUUCCCAGAUUCCUUACUCUAUCACUUCCCCUCACUACUCCAGUUGAACGUUCCUCCUCAGAUGCUGGAUUCUAGUGAAGCCCGGAAUUUGGUGAUCUGUCUCAUGUCUGCACUGAAGGCUAACGGUUCCCAGGGUGUAUUCUGUGAGCUGAAGGCAAGUGACAAGGAGCAGUUGGAGCUUCAUCUCAGCCUGGGUUUCCUGGAACUGCCUGGAGCUGAGGCUUCUGCACCAGGGACUGUGAUCUUCGGGAGGCUCAUGUAGACCUCACCUGUUUACAGUGGCAUUUGGCGGGCUGGCCAAAUGCACAUUUUGUUGAGUUUGCACAUUUAAUGGUCACAGUGACAAGGUGGAGACCGCGUGUGUGUUUUUCUGUGGGCCAUGCUCGGUUGGACUGUAACGUUUACUGAAGUUGCUUCCCUUCGCUGUGUUUGGACGUUAACCCUAUGGUUGACUGACAGAUGGUCAGAUUUAGAAAUUUUCGUGGAUUAAGAGGGUUGGUGCACUGAAUCCCAGGGCUAAUGAGCAAUUGAUGCAUUUAUGUCUUGGCUUACCAAAAAGGUGGAUCAGAUAUGAGCUAGACUGACAGUAACCCACCACUUCCCCCCAACACACACAGACACGCAUUCUCUCUCACACACAGACAUGCACACACACCAGACACAUACAGAUGCACACAGAUGCGCGCAAAGACACGCGCACUCAGACACACGGUACAACUGCACACAGACAUGCACACAGGCAAGUACAGAUGCACACAGACAGGUGCACUCAGACACAUACAGAUGCACACAGACACACAGGCAUACACACUGAGACACAUAAAGACGCACACACAGUCACAUAGACACACGCAUAGACACAGACUCAAACAGACAUAUACAGAUGCACACAGACACACAUACUCAGACACGUACAGAUGCGCACACAGACAGUCACAGCCACACAGGCAUACACACUGAGACACGUACAGACACAUACAGUUGCACAGACACAGAGACACAGACACGUACAGACAUACACAGACAGGUACAAAUGGACACGCACUCAGACACAUACAGACGCACACAGACACAGUCACAGACACGCAGGCAUACACACUGAGACACGUACAGACGCACACAGACAGGUACAAUGCACACAGACGCACCACUCUGACACUUACAGGUGCGCACAGACACAGUCACGGACACACAGAAAUACACACUCAGACAUGUACAAAUGCAUACAGACACGCACACACAGUUGCAUAGACGCGCACAGACAUGUACAGAUGCACACAGACACACUCACUCAGUCACGUACAGAUGUGCACACGUGCACACACACUCAUGCACAGAAACGUGCACGCGCACUUGCACACACGCGCGCACUCUCACAUUCUUGGAUGUGUGUGCGGGGACACUCACUCACGCUCUCUUUCUUACACACAUAGACUCACUCACUCAUUCCUCUCUGCUUUGCACUUGGAAAUAUAUGUACCCUGAGUGCAGAUCUGAAGGAAAUUGGACCCACUGUUUAUCUUGUGCAGCCCUGCCAUAAUGACAGAAUUAUAACAUACUCAAUGACAGGUUUGCAGUUGAAGAUAUCAAAGGCACUUGGUGGAUACAAGCAGGUGGUAUUAUGGCUAAUCUGUGUCUUAACUCCCACCUACUCCCCACUACGUCCUUCCCUUAUUCCACCAGUACAUAUUCUGAAAUUUUCGAUUGACAGUUCUUGUUUUGGGGAUGUGAGCUUAGCUGGCUGGGCCAGUUUAUUGCCCGUCCCUAGUUGCCCUGGCAGUGAGGGUGGAAGUGCUGCAGUCUUGGAGAUGUAGGGCAGUGCGACAGUGGGGUUUAGAUAGGAGCUCUUAGUGGAAAGGGAGGGAGAGGGAGAGAUUAUUGACUGAGCGUCUGCAUUAAGAAUUCCUUCCUGACAUCAGCUCCAUACAAUAUCACAGUGUGAAUGGAGAUUUAACCCCUGGCUGCUCUUGUGUUCCUACAUGGUUAAUCAGCCAGUUAACACCAGGAAUAAAACACUAAACCAUUGGGCUAAUCUCUAAUACACACUGGGCCUCUCCUGAUGAGAGACCAACACAGCAUUAAGUACACUGACAGACUCUAACAUUGGUUCUGGUUCGGUCUACCUUCUACAACUUGAGUGGGUAAAUAUUCAAACCCCUGACUACCUGCUGGAUUAACCUGGUUUCAAGCUGUAUAUGUUGUUGGCUCGCUGGAAGUUCUCUCCAUUUGCAGUUAUGUUAAACAGCAAUGUAUUUGCACUUGACCUUUCUGUCCCCUCCUCCUCCUAUUCCUUUUCAUCUUCACCCUCUCAGUGUAAUCCUCUCAGCUCCCUCAAAUAACUCCCUAAGUUCCCAUUAAAUGAUGCAGCCAAGUGCAUCCAAACCUCAACACCCUCCGCAACCCUGCCCCGAUCCAGCUCCUCACCCUUGGGUGAACACAUCAGGGAUUUGCAGAUUUGAGAGCCUGGUGAAGUGUUGGAGCGGUGAGGAGGCAGAGGAUGCUAUUCCCCAGGUGCUGGGUAGAUGGGCACUUCCGCUGUCAUUGACGAACGGACAGGGUCACCCCAGAGAAAAAUGCAGUCACAGGGAGAGGGGGUAU